CUCUGUAUUGAGGAGCUCGGUCGGAGCAGAGUGAGGAGAGGCCGCUCCUUAGUCCUCCUGUGUGUCCCCGGAGCUCGAAGUCCUCCUCCCCCGGCUGAGGAGGGCGGGUCACAGGCUGCCCGGCUCGGGUGUUGUCGGUGUGAGGCGGCGGUUAUGUCGGACUAUGAUGUGUCAGUUCAGGAGCUCAAUGAGCUGCUGGCCAACGAUGGCGGCUUCUACUGCCUCCCCUCCCAGCACUUCAACGAGGUCUUCCCCCGGAUCUACGUGGGCAACGCGUUUAUCGCCCAGAACAUAAUGAGAUUACAACGCCUUGGAAUCACUCACAUCCUAAAUGCUGCAGAAGGGAAUUCCUUCAUGCAUGUAAACACAAAUGCUGCUUUUUAUGAAGGAACAGGCAUUACCUACCAUGGUAUUCAAGCUAAUGACAGACCAACAUUUGACCUCAGCUCUUACUUUGAAGAAGCCUCAGACUUCAUUGAUAAAGCAUUGUCACAAAAAGAUGGUCGGGUCUUUGUCCACUGCCGUGAGGGCUACAGCCGUUCUCCCACGUUGGUCAUAGCUUACCUCAUGUUACGUCACAAGAUGGAAGUAAAACCAGCUGUGGCAACAGUCAGGCAGAAGAGGGAGAUUGGACCUAAUGAUGGUUUUCUGAAACAGCUUUGCCAGCUAAAUGAUAAGCUUGUGUCAGAGGGAAAGGUCAAUAGUUAAUACUACCCCAGAACUAGCGUAUUAGUGCUAUAAGUACAAUAUAUUCCCAUAGCAGGAAUUUUAAAGUAAACACCAUAACCUGCAUACAGAGGAGGUGGCCAUUUUUGUAGGGUGAGUUUAUGUACAUGAGAUUGUAGCCUAAAGACAACUCCAAGCAACUACACUAAAAUAUGCCCUGAUGACCUUUCAAAAUGUAAUACAUGCAAUUGAGCAUUUCUUAUUUAUAUUUAUAUUAAAUGUUCAUCCACCUGAAGUUUUAAAAUAGGCUAAAUUUAGGAAUUAGAAGUGCCUGAACUGCCUGCAGAAAUCAGUCCUUUACUCUCUGCCCAUCUCCCAUUGGGUUUAACUAACCUCUAUAGACUAUAUCUAUGGCAAUCUUGUGUUUCAGUCACUGAAGAAACAUGGGGUAGGUGUUUAGGCAUUGGAGUUUAGGUGUCUACGCAUGGCGUUUGGCCAUGGUAAGAAAAUAUUGGGUGGUUUGGUUCUUUUAGUCUGUCCAUCUCCUACUGGGGAUAACUAAACUUUGUAGAGCAUAGUUCAGAUAGCCUGCUGUUUUGGUCACUGAAGAAUAAUGGGGUAGGUGUGUAAUAGUAGUGUUAGACGUUAAAUGGUUUGGGGUAUUUAAGGAAAUAAUAGUAGACUUAGAAAAUAGAGUGUAAAGUCUGUAGGGUGAGCUAGCUAUAGUAAGCAUAUGAAAGACACAGGCUCUAUAUUAAUAAUAAUAUUCCAAAAGUAAGCAGUGGGCUAUAUUAUUGUCUUUGUAGCCUCAGCUUUCCCUAACUCACGCCUCAAUUAAAAAUAAAAAAAUGGCUACCUUCACUUGGUGUGGAUGAUAGGAUCACUUUAAUUAAAAGCAACAAAUAUACAAAUAUUUAGUUGGGGUUUUCCUAGUGGCUUAGUGUUGUUCGUCUUUUCGUAACUGAGUUGCCAAAUACACUUAGCGGUAUACUUUUUAAAGUCCAGUUGAACAAUUCUUUUUAGUUUGGUUCAUUUUUUGUAAAGUCUACCACUUCUCGCAACAGCAAUUAUAUACAAAAGAAAACAUAAGGGACUGCCUUUCAUCUGUUUCACUGAUAUCUACUGUAACCAGCAUGACUUGUUCCUUUUAGCACUGCUUUGUUCAAUGCCAUUCUGUUUUUAGUAUUAACCUUUUCUAUUUUGACCUCUUGGGUUCAUUUUGUUUUGAUAUUUUUGGGGUCUAUGUAUCAACACAUUUAAUAGUAGAUAUAAAGUGCUGCCUUAUCUACACUGUUAUUGCAGGUCUCAGAAGUGUGAUACUGAAGUAGUAUCGCUGCAAAGGAAAUGUUAAGAACUUUAGAAAACAUCUACUUUUCUGCUUUCUUUGAUGUGCUGUAUUUUUAUUUUAAGCGUCUGUCUUUUCAAUUCAAUGUGCACUGUGACAGUAGAACAACUUCAAUGCCAGUAACUUCCAAAGUAAAUACAAUGCAUUGAAAACAUAUCAUCAACAUUUCAACAUUUUAUUGUACAAGUUAACAAAGAAUAUUAAAACAUCUAGAGUAAGGAGGGAUUUCCCAAGUCAUAUCUUAAUAAAGGACCAAAUUUCAUUGAUGUUCUAUGCACAUUGAUGUAAGUUAUAUCAUAGCAUCUUUAUCACAACAUAUGUAUCCAUGGUUAACUAUUAAUUGUUCUGAUUGAAAGAGUAUUAAAGUAUAACUAAAGGCAAAACUUUUUUGGUUUUGGAUGGAGUAAAGAUGGCAGAGGAGAUUCACCCUCUUUAUUUGUCCUGUUUAUGGUUAUCAUCAAAAGUGAAAGGAAAAUCAAAAAAUUUGGGUUGUCCCCAAAACAGUAAUAGAGGAGAUAACCCAAAUACGGACAUUAGUUCUGGUGACCUGUGGGAAGCAUCAUAAAUUCCCUUAAUUUGCAUGGAUUUGCUUUUAUUUGCCUAUGACAGGAACUGAAGGUAAAUCUCCCCAAUGGAACACAGAUGCAAAAAAAAAUUGACGGGGGGUUAUAACCUGCCCUUACUCUAUCCAAAAUUAAAUAAACAGUUUUGUGUAUAGUUUAAAUAAAUGUGACAUGCAGUAUAUUUCUAGAAAGUUCACCUCCUAUGUAUCUCUUGAAGAAGCAGACUUGUCUUAGAAACAUGCUGAGAAAGCCCUUCUUACUAGCUCUAUAUUAAUAAACGAGAAAAAAACAA